AUUUUGGCCUUUAGUUCCGUAAUAAAACCUUAACGUUUUUUUAACGGUUAGAUGUAUCUUGUGAGUCUUGACGCAGGAACAAACAUGUAUUUUAAAGUUACAGGAAUACUGUUAACUAUUACUGUAGGACUCGUAACAGGGUCCUUUCUAGAUAGAAAAGACUUGUUUAAAAUUUUACUUCGUGACUACCAGAAGGAUUUGGCUCCGGCUGGCAAAGGCGGUGGACCAGUCGUUGUGUAUCAUUCUCUCUUCGUAAAUGCAUUUGAGAGCUUGGAGAACAAUGUUCUGACGCUUCAAACAUGGGAAUGGAUGUCCUGGAAUGACAAUAGAUUGCAGUGGGACCUUGGAUCAUACGGUGAUGAAAAAACCCUGUUCAUCCCCAGCAAGUUAGUCUGGCAACCGGAUAUCCUACUUAUGAACAGUGUUGAACAGUUUACCGGUUUCGCUGCAGGAGACUUGAAUGUUAUUGUUUACCAUGAUGGCAACGUCACAUUCGUACCGAUAAGGCACUCCAAGACACUCUGUCCUUUCAACAUGGAAUCCAUUUACAGGGAGAACGAAGUCAACUGCAGCCUGAAGUACAUGUCUUGGGCCCACAGUUCCAAGACUUUGGAUACACACUCCACUUUUCAGACUGUCCAAAACCUUUCGCAGAUGACUCCAAACCGUCUCUGGGAGAUUGUGGACACGAAAGCUGAAAGAAAUGAAUUGACGUUCUCGUGUUGCAACACAGAAGUAUAUCCAGAAAUUGAAUAUACGCUAACAAUAAAGCGUUUACGUUAGGUGCGAAAUUUCGUUUAGAAAAACUUGCUUAUAAGAGCAAAAUCAAGAGACUGCAUAUACGUUAAGUAAAGUUUGCUGCGUCUAAACAGUUUCAUGAACGAACUGCUGCAUGACUUGUCAUUGUUUCACAAUUAUGAUAAAUAAAUAGUUGUGCCUGCCAAACUUGUACAUAAUGCAA